AUAGAGGUGCGGCCCUAUCAAGCCAUUUUCCUUCCUUAAAUAUAUAAUAAUCCACCUCCGGACAGAGAGAGGGAGAGCUGCUUUUCUCAGUAUGUUUUAGAGGGACGUUUCAGCCUCUCACUGUGGAUUUUGGGGCUAAAAUCUCGGCUUAUUUUUUUUUAUUCUCUGCCAUUCACUGUCACCCCAACCCCAAAAACUGCACACAAAAGAAGACCCUCUUCCCCCUUCUCUAUGCAUCCCAACCUCAUCUCUCUUUGGCUCUCUCUCUCCUCUCCAUCUCCACCGAACAUCUGUUUCUGACUCUGGAUUCUGUAAUGGCUGUUUCUCUCUCAAGAUUUGCCCCAAGAUAGGUACCCAUCUAUUCCCCAAGGAAAACCCAUAAUGUAAAAACUCAUUUCCAGACCUCGGAACCCCAGCUCUGAUGGUGGUUUCCUGCAACUAGCGUUUUAGAGCGAGAGAGAUGGGUUUGAGGAGUGAGAAACGGAGACACGAAGAAACCCAUGUCUCUGCUUUUCCAGAUGAGGUGCUGGAAAACGUUCUGGCCUUUGUGAAAUCGCACAAGGAUAGGAGCUCUGCGUCCCUUGUGUGCAAGCAUUGGUAUGAGGUAGAGAGAUGGAGUAGAAACAGUGUUUUUAUUGGGAAUUGCUACUCUCUUUCUCCUGAAAUCUUAGUCAAGAGGUUCCCCAACAUUCGAAGCAUAACACUGAAGGGGAAGCCCCGUUUCUAUGAUUUCAAUCUUGUUCCUCCUGAUUGGGGUGCGGAUGUUCACUCAUGGCUUGUUGUAUUGGCAAAAGCUUACCCUUUUCUUGAGGAGCUCAGGCUUAAGAGAAUGACUGUUGAGGAUGAAAGCCUAGAGUUUUUGGGUCAAAGUUUCCCCAAUUUCAAGGCUCUCUCUCUAGUGAGUUGUGAUGGAUUCAGCACUGAUGGGCUUGCUGCAAUUGCAUCUAGUUGCAGGAAUUUGGAGGAGCUGGAUUUACAAGAGAAUGGCAUCAAAGAUUAUGGUGGGCAUUGGUUAAGCUGCUUCCCUGAGAGUUUUACAUCCAUGGUGGCUCUCAAUUUUGCAAAUCUCAACAGCGAGGUCAAUUUCGAUGCCCUAGAGAGGCUUGUAACAAGAUGCAAAUCACUCAAGGUCCUUAAGCUCAAUAGGAGUGUAUCUCUAGAGCAGUUGCAGAGGCUUCUAGUUAGAGCUCCACAGCUCACAGAGCUCGGAACUGGCUCCUUCUCUCAAGACCUGAGCCUCAAGCAAUAUUCUGAGCUCGAGCAAGCCUUUAGCAAUUGCAAGAGCAUACACACUUUAUCAGGACUAUGGGAAGUCACUUCUCUCUAUCUACCUACCAUAUAUCCAGUUUGUUCAAACCUCAAGUUCUUGAAUCUUAGCUAUGCUGGCCUGAGGAGCCCUGAACUUGCAAGGCUUUUAGAGAGCUGUCCUAAUCUGCAAUGCCUUUGGGUGCUGGACACUGUAGGGGACAAAGGCCUUGAGGCUGUGGCAUCGAGCUGCCCAAACCUCAAAGAGCUCCGUGUCUUCCCUGCUGACCCCCACGACUUUGAUGCUGGCGGUGUCACUGAGGCUGGUCUCGUCGCCGUGUCCCGCGGCUGCCCCACCAUAAAUUACAUCUUGUACUUUUGCCGGCGCAUGACCAAUGAGGCUGUCUCCACUGUUGCCAUAAAUUGUCCGGGCUUCACCCACUUCCGACUUUGUAUCCUAAACCCCUAUCAACCUGACCAUCUAACCCAUGAGCCCAUGGAUGAGGCCUUUGGUUCGGUGGCUCGAUAUUGUCCUAUGCUCCAAAGGCUCUCUAUUUCAGGUCUCUUGACUGAUAGGGCCUUUGAGCUCAUUGGUAUGCAUGCCAAGAAACUCGAGGCCCUCUCUGUUGCCUUUGCCGGGUCGACAGAGAGCGGGUUGGAGUAUGUUUUGCGGGGAUGCCUUAAGCUUAGGAAGCUCGAGGUGAGGGAUUGCUCGUUUGGUAAUGCCUCUUUAAUGUCGGGGAUUGAAAGGUAUGAGUCAAUGAGGUCUUUGUGGAUGUCGGCAUGUAAUGUUACAAUGAGUGCAUGUCGAUGUUUGGCAAGAGAGAGACCAAGGCUCAAUGUGGAGGUUAUUAGAGAGGAAGAGGGUGACGGUACAAAGGCAGAGAAGGUGUAUGUUUAUCGGUCUGUUGCUGGGCCAAGGAAGGAUUGCCCACCCUUUGUGCGCACGCUUUGAGACUGAUGGUGGUGUUGUAGUUGUGGGGUUGCAUUUGUAUUUGGAUCUGUCUUGUAGGGGCUGGCCUAGCUGGGUGGGGUGCUCUUCUUUGUCAUGACGAUUUUGGGUGAUUCCGUGUCUGGUUGCCGUUGAUCGUGAGAUAUUUAUUUUGCCUCGCAGGCGUGUCAUGAACUAUCUGGCCAGCUGUUUGGGUAUUUUCUUUGCAGCAUUAAGUUUUUUUAUUGGUAAUGUC